AUGUUCAAGCCAACCUCUCCCGUCAUGGGAGGCCUACUAUGGAAAAUUCCCUGGCGACUCUCCUCUAUGCAAAAAGCCCGACAACGCAAGCGACUGCGCGCUGUAGAUAAUGUUGUUGAUACCGUAGCUGCUGCCCUGCAGCGCAAUGGAGGCAUGACCACGAAAGCUGUGGAGCGGUGGCACAAGGAAAUGCCUAGGGAAGAGGAGAUGCUGCCAAAGGAUAAAUACACGAUCUUCGAUCGGAAAGAAAAAAAGUAUCGGAAGGGAAUACACAGUACGUAUCUGAAUAAAUCUAGUAUUUUUGUGAACUUUACUGCACCGAGAUCGUUUCUACUGUGA